GGGGCGGAUACGGCAAGCGGGAAGGACAAAUUGUCAUUAAUGUUUGGAGUGUGGUUUCUAGGUUAGGGUUUUAUCAGGGUUGGGAAGUACCAGUUGGCGAAGGAGAAAUCGGGUGGACCAUGUCGGCCUUCGAAAAGCCUCAGAUCAUUGCCCAUAUCCAGAAGGGCCUCAACUACACAGUGUUUGACUGUAAGUGGGUGCCCUGCAGCGCCAAAUUUGUGACCAUGGGCAACUUCGCACGGGGCACCGGCGUCAUUCAGCUGUACGAGAUCCAGCACGGGGACCUAAAGCUGCUUCGGGAGAUUGAAAAGGCCAAACCAAUUAAAUGUGGAACAUUUGGUGCAACAUCUUUACAGCAGAGAUAUUUAGCUACUGGAGAUUUUGCUGGAAACCUUCAUAUAUGGAAUUUGGAAGCUCCAGAGAACCCGGUAUACUCAGUAAAGGGCCACAAGGAAAUUAUAAAUACUAUCGAUGGUGUAGGUGGACUAGGAAUUGGGGAAGGAGCACCUGAAAUCGUGACUGGCAGCCGAGAUGGAACUGUGAAGGUGUGGGACCCAAGGCAAAAAGAUGACCCUGUUGCUAAUAUGGAACCUGUACAAGGAGAGAACAAGAGAGACUGUUGGACCGUGGCAUUUGGCAAUGCUUACAAUCAGGAGGAGCGGGUUGUCUGUGCUGGCUAUGACAACGGGGACAUCAAACUGUUUGAUCUCAGGAGCAUGUCCUUGCGGUGGGAGACAAACAUUAAGAAUGGGGUAUGUAGCUUGGAGUUUGACAGAAAAGAUAUAAGCAUGAACAAGUUAGUAGCUACUUCUCUGGAAGGAAAGUUUCAUGUUUUUGACAUGAGAACACAGCAUCCAACCAAAGGCUUUGCCUCUGUUUCAGAAAAGGCUCACAAGUCCACCGUGUGGCAGGUCCGACACCUGCCGCAGAACAGGGAGCUGUUUCUGACAGCUGGAGGCGCCGGCGGCCUUCACCUCUGGAAGUACGAAUACCCUGUUCAGCGGUCCAAGAAAGACUCCGAGGGAGUGGAGAUGGGAGUUGCGGGUUCCGUCAGCCUUCUGCAGAAUGUUACGUUGUCUACCCAGCCCAUCUCCAGUCUGGACUGGAGUCCAGAUAAGAGAGGCCUCUGCAUUUGUAGUUCAUUUGAUCAAAUGGUAAGAGUACUGAUUAUUACAAAACUCCAUAAAAUCUGAUGUGAAGACUUUGGACUUUGAAACUGCCCAGCAGAACACUCACAGAAUUUAGAAUGUGUUCCAGAUCCCCUGACCCUCUUUGAACAGAGCUGGGUUUGACUGAUGGAAAAGGCCCAGACGCAGACCUCCAGGCUAGCCUCUGUUUGGGCGUGCAGCGCCCAGUGCGUUCCAGCCACCUGGCAGGUCGGGCUCGCUGCCGCACCCGGGAGCACCACUAUCUCCAGAGCCAGCUCCGUUCCUCCCCUCCACUUCUGAUGGGAAGUUGAUACUUGUCUGUAUUUAAAGACAUUUAAGUUUGUUCUGCAUCCCCAAAUUUCCGUAUCUUAACAAUAAAUGCUUGUGUUGCAUUUCAACAUUUACACAGUUGUGGCAGGGAUCACUUAAUUUGUUUUAAAAUGGUUUACCUUGGGGAAACUGCUGUGAAUUAACCUUCACACUUUGAGAGAUUUCAGUGACUGAGUUUCAGUACAAAAUAUUACUUUAUAAAAAUACCACAGUAGCAUGGUCAGACUAGAUUGGGGUUAAUGUUUUUAGCAGUACAACUCAUAGAAUGAUAUACCAUGAUCUACAGAGACCUCUUCUUUACCUAAAAACGGGAGUUGAAUUAAUGAGACUUUUGUUUGUUGACUGUGGUAAGUGAUGUAAAGAUGUACAAGAUUGUGGGGGUUUUGUAGCCUUGCUUUUGGUCAAACUUUUAAAAUAUAUUUUAUGAAUAAAUUUUUGUUUUUGAAAUCUGUGGUAGAUUUGAUUCUUUUAAGUUAGUAAUAAUUAACACCAUCACAUAUAUAUACAUACAUAUAUAUAUGUAUAUAUAAGUUUUUGAUUUAUAUAUAAAUGUUUAGUAAGUAACACUUAAUCAUUGUUUCUUUGAUGCUCACCAGAUCUUUGGCUAAGCUCAGAGAGGUUAAUUCUAUCACACUUCCAUUAAGCCUGCCUUCCUACUUCCACUGGAGACACAGAGCCACCUGAAACAUUCAUAAUGUGUGAAAUUCAUGUGGGGUUCUUGGAAAGUCAUUCAUUUGGAAUAUUAAAUUCAGAAAAUUAAUUUUU